AGGCCAUAGCCAUGUCUCUGUUUGGUGGUAUGAGUCUGGUGUGUGCUAUUUUUAGCCUGCUCCUCCCCGAGACCGCCGGGACUCAGUUUGACCUCAAUCUGACCUCGAUGGUCAAGCGGCUCUAUGAAAUCGACUACAACCCCGUGACGAGGACAGCGCCGCGACAAGAUGUGGAGGGAUAUCAGCCGUUGACGCGAAAUAGUACCGACGAUAUGUCGUUUGACUUGUAAACUGGCGACUGUCCAGACUGUAGAUGGUUAGUGAUGCUGCUGUUAGUUUACAAGUAUGGCCCCAUCAAGUACUGGCAGCCACCAAACACCAUACUCACAAGCACUAUACUUAGCAAACACUACACUCACAAGCACUCCACUCACAAGCAUUGUACUUAGCCUCCAGUGGAGAGCACAACACAUACCC